CAAGCCAAGCAGUCGCACUGCGUAAUGUACGAGGCAGGAAGAGAGCCCUCAAUAUACACAGAUUCUGGAUGUUUUCUAGAAAACAUAGCUUCCCCAUUGGUGCCUAUGGAGGGAAACCAGACAGCCUGUACAUUGCCCAUGUACUGAACACACACGCAGAAGAAAUGUCCAAUCCUCCAAGCUCCCGCAGCAAGCCAGCUGAUCUGUUCGAAAUGAUCGAGAAAAUGCAGUGCAGCCGGUUGGAGGACCAGCGAUGUGUCUUCCCCUCCCCUUUGAAGCGUAAAGGGGACGAAGCAGUGCACCCUGGGAUUCACGAGAUAUUAAAACAAGGCCGUCCUCUCCCUCUCCUUAUCCCACACCCAUUUGGUGGGUAUUGGAUUGAGGGAACCAGCCAUUCCUUGCCUCCUCCGGGAUCCGAUCUCCCAGUGUCCAAUGACAGACUGCAAAUUCUUCAAUCAGAUCCCAAUGCACGGUUCUACAGACGGCACUUCCUCGGUAAGGAACAUCAGAAUUUCUGUGCCAAGGAUCCGAAGCUUGGAGCCCUCAUCCUCUCUGUGAAACUCGAGCAGAAAUCAGAGCGCGUGCGUCUGAUCCUAAGAUCCAAAUCGGGGACCAAACACCAGUUAACUGAGUUGUCAAACUUUUCCCAGUUUCCCAGCACAGUGGAGAUGGCACAAAUUUUAUGUGAGGAUCUGGCAGUGGAUCGAUUCUUCCCUGUCCUCUACCUUAAGGCUUCUCAGCUCCUGGUGGCUUUCGAUGAACAUCUCAUAAACAACAACUUCAAGUUUGGGGUCAUAUACCAGAAAGCUUCACAGGUAAAUGAAGCAGAACUUUUCAGUAACACAGAAGAGAGUUUGGGGUUCACUGAAUUUCUUAACUUUUUAGGAGACCAGAUUAAUCUACAUAAUUUCAAAGGGUUCCGUGGUGGCCUGGACGUUUCCCAGGGUCAGACUGGAUCAGAGUCUGUUUACACCCGAUUCCGAGGCAAUGAGAUUAUGUUCCACGUGUCCACAAAACUUCCAUACACCCCUGGAGACACACAGCAGCUACAGAGGAAGCGCCACAUCGGCAAUGAUAUCGUAGCCAUUGUCUACCAAGACGACGGGGCAGUUUUUUCUCCAAAUAUAAUUACCUCUCACUUCUUACACUGUUUUAUCGCAGUGCAACCAGACCUCAGUCCCAGCGGAGACACUCUCUACAAGGUUUCAGUCACAGCCAGGAAUGAUGUGCCAAAGUUUGGACCAGCUCUCCCAAGCCCGGCUGUGUUUCAGAAGAACCAGCAUUUCCGGGAAUUUCUUCUCACCAAGCUUAUUAAUGCGGAGGUCAGCUGUUACCGUGCUGAGAGGUUCUCAAAACUGCAGGAACGCACACGGGCCGCUCUUAUUGACACCCUGUAUGAGGAACUUAUCCUUCAUAGUCAGAGUGUGCUGGGACCAUUGAAUGAAGGGGCUGGAGGGACAGCGGAUGAAGGAACGGUGGAUAAACUGGAGAACACUACUAGUGGGUUUUUGGAAAAUUUCAAGUCAUUCUCUCUCGCUUUGCGAAGUCCUCAGAGAUCACGAGACACUCUCUCCCGAGGGUGCCGGAGCAGCAGUAUUGCCAUAGAGAGCUCCUCUGACGAAAAGAGGUUGUUCUCUUAAUAUGAGUGACAUGCGCCAAGAACCCAAAACGCUACCAGGAGUCAUGGCGACUCACCGAGUUAAGACCGACUUGAAUAUCAGAUGUCUGUCCAUGGGGGAGAAACUGGUUCACUGUCUUUAUUUAUGCUGCUUACAUGUUGGGAUGGCAGUCACUAUAUAGAUCCAUAGUCCCCCGUUCUUCAAUAGAUCUGGUAAAAGCAGAAUCCACAAUAACCAUGCAAUAUAAAAAAAAUGUAAAUAAUCUACCGAGAACAUGUCAACAGGCAAACAUGCCUUUCUUAAAAUCCAUCUCCAUCCCUGCAUGAUGUAUAUAGACCACACCUCACGUAACCUAGAACAAACUGCUCUAAUCCCUAAUCAAUAUCACAGACUUCGCUUGUGUUCUACUGUGUGAUUGAAUUCCGUUAAAUAAAAAGGUCUUAUGCCAGCAUUGUCAAAAGGCUCUGCGCCUCCAAACGUUACGAUAUUGAUGUGUUUAAAUUGGUUUUGUGCAACUUGUGCGUCUGAUGUUUGCACCGACACCAUGCUAACCACCCAACAGCGAACACAAGCUGCCUGUGGCUGGGUGACUUACACACGCAGGUUUAUUAACUAAGCUACAAAUGUUUGUGAAUUAUAGGCUUAGAAUUUAGUGAUCACCCUGGCAGUGCCACGGGUCUGGCUCUCAGGAAAUGUAACUCUCUAAAGUAAAAAUAUAAAUCAAAUCUGGUUUAUGAGCUUGGCCCUUCCUAUCAGAAGAAAAUAAAAUAAACAUCACAAUCCCCUCUCUUGGAAAUGUACGUCAAACUGAGUGUUAUAACUUGCCUGCCCCUGUUUGCCAACAACUCAUACCUUGUUCAAUGAGAAUCUGGCUGAGGCGAGUUAAAAUAUAAAUCUAAUAUAAUAGAAUUAUUAUUGAGACAAACACUUGCUUAUGUAGAAUAGAACUCCAAUCAAUCUCACCCAAUAGUCGAUUGAGCACCAAUGGUCAAUAAAAAAAUUUUUUUUUGUAUGAAACCCUAAAUCUCAGUUAUAACCCCUCCUAUUGAUGAGAACCUUUGCACUAUAGAUGUGUUCUCAGUACUUGUCUAUGAGAAGCAUUUGAUUGGGCAAUGCCAAGCGUUAACAGCACAAGCCAGUUCUGCAAAUUUUCACUAAAUGUAAUUUUUUUCCUAUUAUCCACAUACAUUUUUGUAUAUAUUGUUAUCCCUUUAAUAGUUUGCUUUCUGGGUUCUGAAGGGAGUAAAUUUAAUAGGGCAAAUGAGAGAGUGAAGCAACGAGGCAUGUAAUGUGUGUUAUCAUAGGGUCGGUUUUAGGCAUUGGGUUAAAGAAGGGAGGCUGAGCAUUUAUGGCAAUUGUCUGAUGUUAGGUUUUUCAUAAACAUUCAGCAUGGGGGGUAGGGGAGACAUAACCUGGAGUCCCACACUGAGACGCUGUGCGAGGUGGCACAACGUCACGGGAAACCAUCAGAUCCAGGGCUGGUGGGCGAGUUUACCAUUGGAAAUAUUAUGACCUUUCUUUUAGUUUUUAACACAACGUUAAUCCACCACCACAUGUCUACCCUACAACAGACACUAACCAGUAACACUCUAUUAAAUAUUAUUUAACAUAUACAGCAGAUACAGUAACAUACACAAGCAUACGAGUGCCAUGUCUAAACAUGUAGAAACGGGUGUUGGGCCCUCCAUUACUGGAACAUUCUUUUAUUUGUUCUAAUGUUUUUUUCUUCUUGUAACCAAUAA